AUGCCCCGGACAAUAUUCCCAACCAGGCAUAUCCAUACCCUCAAAACACACAAUGGUCCGGUCAAUGCGGUAACCUUCUCAAGCUCCGGCGGCACCUACGUCCUCACCGGCUCCUCAGACCGAGCAAUCCACCUUUCGCGCGCAGUUCCAAACAACUCCAAUAGCCCGACGGUAGUCGAGACCACGACCCCUAUUCAAAAAUAUGAAGCGCAUGGCUACUCCGUCCUAGACAUCGCCGUCACAGCCGACAACGCGCGCUUCGCCAGCGUAGGAGGCGAUCGACAAGUCUUCCUCUGGGAUGUCGAGCAAGGCAUCACGACCAAACGAUGGACCGGUCAUAACAGCCGGGUCGAAGCCGUGCAGUUUGCCGGCGAUGGCGACUCCGUCGUAGUAACCGGUAGCGCAGACACAACAAUCAAUAUCUGGGAUACCCGCUCCUCAAGCUACAAACCCAUCCAAACCCUCACAGAAGCAACCGACACCGUCUCAUCACUACACGCGCAUAUGGGGAGCUACUCGAUCGCAAGCGGUAGCUACGACGGCCGCGCACGGAUCUACGACAUUCGCACCGGCAAGACGACCGUCGACGUCCUCGCACACCCUGUGACGAGCGUGCGUUGCUCAAGCGACGGGAACGCCCUGUUGGCUUCGACACUGGAUGGGUAUAUCCGGCUGCUGGACCGGAUGGAUGGCAAGGUGCUUAAUGCGUUUGGGGGGGAGAAGGGUGGAAUUGGGAAGCGGCAUUCGUAUCGGAAUUCGGAGCUGCGGGUGCGUUCUGUCUUCGCCAUGGGGGAUGCGGUUGUGCUGAGUGGGAGUGAGGAGGGGGCGGCUGGGGCGGCGGCGUUUGCUUGGGAUGUUGUUAAGGGGGAGGUUAUUGCUGCGGUGCCUGUUGGGGAGAAGGUUAAGGCUGUUAGUUGUGUGGCGUGGAAUGAGGGUGUGGGGGAUUGGGCGGCUGGGUGCUCUGAUGGUAAGUACUUGGUGUUCUUUGAGGUUUGGGAUACUUGUGCUGACUGUUGUUCUUAA